AUGGCGGACCAGAUGCUCGGGCCUGGAGUACGACCUGCCGCAAUCUCGGCAGGCAUACAGAUUAUUCCCCCGAUGGUUGGACUGCGAAGUGGGUGUAGCUACCUGCGCUGCCUUCGAUGCGCCAGCGACCGCUGCUGGUGGAGACGUCUGCGAAGCCUGGAGCGUUGCACCUGGCUGGGCAGGCACAUUAUCGCGGCCGAGACUCUGGGAGUGAGACGGAACAGCGUCUGGUGGCUGUAUGCCGAAGUGGUUGUCGGGGAGGCUGUGAGAGGCGCCGGAAGCAGAGCUGGUGCAGACGUGUGUGGUGUUAGUGCCAAAGUUGACUCGAUUGGGAUGGCCAAUCCUGGCGCUGGUCGCACUGGCACUGUCGACGUUGUUAUUGUCGAAUGUUGCGAGAGUGGUGAUGCCGAUGACACAGCAGGUCCAAGUUUGGAAUGCGACGGUGCUGUCGAAAUUGGCGUGCUAUUGGGGUAG